AUGAAAUCUACUACGUUCCAGCCGAAAUGCGUGGCUACAACCUCGACAACCCAGGAAGGGCAGAAAGCGGAGGACAGUCUGGGUGUGACAAAGAAUGUCCAUGAAAGCCAUUUCAAAAGUGUACAAUGGACUUCGGAUGGCACGAGCCUGAUCGCCUGUCCGGCAGACAACUCGAUUCAGACUUUUAUCGUGCCUCCAGAAUUGCUCGAGGAGAUUGGUCAGCCACACUCUCUGUCCCCAUACUGCAGCAUACCGUCGACCGAGCCCGUCAAUGCGGUUGUGGGAUACCCGCACUUCAGCCUUGAAGAUCCAUCCACUGCGCUCGUCUUGUCGUCAAUGAGGGAUCAUCCAAUUCGAUUGAAUUCGGCUCUUACUGGACACCUCGGUGCAUCUUAUCCGCUGGUCAAUCCGAUGACCGAGGCUUACAUUUGUCCACACUCGCUUCUUUCCACUCCUCAGGGCGAUCGCUUUGUGGCUGGCUCUGAGUCCCUGAUAUCCGUCUUUGAUCUGUCUCGUCCAGGUCAGGAACCGAUCUCCACAGUACCGACUGGACCGAAGAGACGAACCGGUACUGACUACAGCGCUGCUGUGAACAUGCGAGGCAUUGUUUCGGCAUUGGCCGUCGACCCUGCGACUGGCAUUCUGGCUGCUGGCACAUAUGGUAGACAAGUUGGACUAUACGAUGCCAUGGGUCAAGGAGAGUGUGUUGGCGUAUUUUCCGUCCAGGGCACCACGUCUGAUGGUCGAAUUGGAGGUAGCGGAGUUACCCAAGUCACUUGGAGUCCCUGUGGAAGAUACUUGUACAUCGCUGAAAGAAAGAGUGAUGGAGUUGUCGUCUAUGAUAUUCGCAAGACGGGACAAUUACUUGCUUGGCUUGAAGGUCGCAAAGCCCAGACAAAUCAACGACUGGGUGUCGACUUGGUAAGGACUGACGACCAAGGCGGCCAUGAAAUAUGGGCUGGCGGCCUUGAUGGAUUUGUCAGGAUGUGGAAAGAUCCUCACCAAAGCGAGGGUCCGGUCUCUGCGAGUUUCGAGUUCAAAGCCCAUGAUGAUGUGGUGUCCGGCGUUGUGGCUCAUCGUGGUGGUGGCGUGCUUGCUACUGCCUCCGGCCAACGUCACUUCGUGUCUGGGCUUGACGAAGAACAUCCAUCUGGUCUGGCUGUAGAUAACAGCUUGAAGAUCUGGACACUAGAGACGGAUGGAUCUUGA